AUGUAUCGCGGCAGAGGAAUACGAAGGGGAGUUUCAGUACUUAGAAGAUCAUUCGCAACGCAAGUUCCCCAGGUCGAAAAGGAUUGUACAACUCUCAUCCCACCCUAUGACGCUCUCCUCGCAAAGCUUGCACUUGUUCGCCAGAUUCUCAAACGACCGUUGACACUUUCGGAAAAAAUUCUAUACAGCCAUGUUGCAGACCCGGUGAAGGCUUUUUCCGACGGGAGGAGGGUCAGAGGGGAGACUUAUCUUCAGCUUCGCCCAGAAAGAGUUGCAAUGCAGGAUGCCUCCGCACAGAUGGCCUUAUUGCAGUUCAUGAGUGCUGGACUCUCCCGAUGCGCUGUGCCCACAAGCAUCCACUGCGACCAUCUUAUCCAAGCUUUGGAAGGAGCGGAAGCUGACUUAAAGCGUUCUAUUGUUUCUAACAAGGAAGUUUUUGACUUUCUGCAAAGCGCCUCUGAGAAGUACGGCAUUGAAUUUUGGAGACCUGGCUCAGGAAUCAUUCACCAGAUUGUUUUGGAAAAUUACGCGGCACCAGGAAUGUUGAUGCUAGGAACAGAUUCACACACCCCUAAUGCAGGUGGUCUUGGUAUGCUAGCCAUUGGUGUGGGCGGUGCCGAUGCAGUUGAUGCCAUGACUGGGACACCAUGGGAACUGAAAGCACCAAGAGUUGUAGGAAUUCAUCUAAAGGGAAAGCUUAGUGGUUGGUCAACACCAAAGGAUCUUAUACUUCAUCUCGCUGGAAAAUUGACUGUUCGAGGCGGAACUGGCAGUAUCUUAGAGUAUUAUGGGCCCGGCGUGUCAUCUCAAUCUUGCACGGGUUUGGCCACGAUAGCCAACAUGGGCGCGGAGGUUGGUGCAACGACUUCAACCUUUCCCUACACGCCAAACAUGCAAGCAUAUUUGAAUGCAACCGGUCGUGCGCCAGUAGCUCGCGCGGCCGAUCGUGCGGCAUCUCAAGGUUUUCUAAGUGCAGACGAGAAUGCAGAAUACGAUGACGUCAUUGAUAUUAAUCUCGCUGACAUUGAACCCACAAUAAAUGGCCCGUUCACCCCUGAUUUGGCGACGCCCCUUGCCAAAUUUGGCUCUUUCAUCGCCUCGCAAGGGUGGAAAGAUGAAUUCUCUGCUGGCCUCAUUGGAUCAUGUACGAACAGCUCAUACGAGGAUAUGACAAGCGUUGCAAAUCUGGCCGAGCAAGCCAAGGCAGCUGGGUUAACUGCGAAGGCAACCUGGAUCCAACACAUCUUACAGGUGCCCUUUUUGUGUACCCCAGGGUCAGAGCAAAUUCGAGCCACUAUGGAAAGAGAUGGUGUAACCUCAGCCUUGGUGGACGUAGGCGCCGUCGUUUUGGCUAACGCUUGCGGUCCUUGCAUCGGACAGUGGAAACGUGAGGAUAAAGGGAAAGAGGAGAAUGCCAUUCUAACAAGUUUCAAUCGCAAUUUCAAAUCAAGAAAUGAUGGUAACGCGCUGACGAUGAAUUUUUUGGCUUCACCCACAAUCGUUACGGCUAUGGCUUUCUCUGGAAGAUUAUCUUUCAAUCCUAUGGUUGACUCGCUGCCGCUUCCUUCAGGCGGAAGCUUUAAAUUUUCACCCCCUGAGGGGCAAGAUCUUCCGAUCAAUGGCUUUACCGCUGGAGAUGUACAAUAUUAUCCUUCACCGAACCCUGCGCCGCAACCUGAUGUCGAGAUUGUGAUUAAAAAAGAUUCGCAACGCCUAGAGCUUCUCGAACCCUUUCCCAGUCAUUUUGGUGAAGCAUCUGGAAACACGAGAGGAAUGGAAUUCCCUCCUUUAAAAGUUCUCGUUCGUGUCCGUGGCAAAUGUACAACUGACCACAUCUCUGCUGCUGGCCCAUGGCUGAAAUACAAAGGUCAUCUUACUAACAUAUCGGAAAAUCUCUUAAUUACGGCCGUGAACGAUGAAGGGGGUGACAUUAACGUGGCCUUCGACACCGACACCAAUUCAUCAGGAACGAUUCCUGAAAUUGCCAAACGGUUCAAAACUAGAAAGCAACCGUGGGCACUUGUCGUAGACGACAACUAUGGAGAGGGAAGUGCCAGGGAGCAUGCCGCGUUGCAGCCACGCUUUUAUGGAUGUGCUGUGAUUGUUGCGCGGUCGUUUGCUCGGAUCCACGAGACAAAUUUGAAAAAGCAAGGUGUUCUUCCUCUCUGGUUCGUGGACAAGGACGAUUAUUGUCGCAUCGGGUCUGGCGACGUUCUUGAAACGAUGGGCCUCGCCGAGACUCUUCGAGGAGCACCAAAUGCUUCCAUUGAACUUAGGGUUACCAAACAGGAUGGACAAGUGUUUCAAAUUUUAACGAAGCACACGAUGUCGGUUGAUCAACUGAGCUGGCUUGGAGCAGGGUCUGCAUUGAACCACAUCCGAUCCUGCAUGAAGUAG